AUGGCAACACGCAUGGAACCCAGCAGAGUCAAGUACAACUUUGUGGAAGAAGUUGAGCGCUUGGACUAUUAUGUUCCCGGAGGCUACCAUCCAGUCGCAAUUGGUGAUGAACUAUGCACAGGUCGAUAUGUUAUCACUCAUAAACUGGGGUUCGGUCGGUCUGCUACAACCUGGCUGGCGGAGGAUAGAAAGCAAGGCCGACUUGUAGCCCUCAAGCUCUCCACUGCAGAAGCAGCUGGCCGGACUCAUGAGAUACAGAUUCUUUCACAGUUAGAUAGGGCUAAAUCUGGGCUCCCUGGGAAAGCUAUUGUACAGAAUCUGCUCAAUUCUUUCAAAUUCUCUGGGCCAAAUGGCACCCAUCAGUGCUUGGUAACGGAUGCUGCUAGAAUCAGUAUCCAUGAAGCAAAGGAUGCUGCAUAUCAUCGACUCCUCCACCUCCCCGCUGCUCGAGCCAUUGCAUCACUACUUAUCCUUGGUCUGCAAUUUAUCCAUUCUCAAGGUAUUGUUCAUGGUGAAUCUCGCUUCGCAGAGUCUCUAGUUGAGCCUCUUUCUUUCCCGGGAGAUAUAUGGACUCUUGCAUGCACUAUCUGGGAUGUUUUUGGAUCUGGGCCGCCCUUUGAAGCCUUCCCUGUCACGUUGAAUGAAGUUACAAUUGAGCAUGUUGAGAUGCUUGCCAUCUUCCAUACUUUUGUCAAAGAUAGUGUUCCAGUUCUCCUGCAUUGCUUCGCGCUCGCUGCUGUCAUAACCAUCAAGAUAAUCAUGUCUCCCCUUCUGCGUACUUCUCGACAGGAUAUCGCUCGUGUCUGUCUGUUCAGCAUUAACCGACUGGCAGCCAUUCGCAAUGCCACUCAGGGCUUUUGA